GAUUAUUUGGUAUUCGCGAUAUUUCUUGUCGGUUCGGCUCUUAUCGGUUUCGUCGUCGGUUUUUUUGACAGAAAGAAUAAUGCAAAUUCAAAAACUUUUUUGACCGGAGGUGGAAAAAUGCACUGGAUCCCCGUGGCUCUAUCUAUGCAGGCAUCUUUCCUAUCGGCCAUAUACAUACUAGCAUCCCCUGUUGAAAUUUACAACUUCGGAACCAUGUACUACUAUAUUGUCUUGACGCACAUUGUGGCUCUGCCGUUGGCUGCCAAUUUAUUUUUGGCCACGUUUUACAAGCUAAAUCUCGUCAGCGCUUAUGAAGUU